AUGGCUUCCCAAGGAGGAGGUCUACCUAUGGCUUCCCAAGGAGGAGGUCCACCUAUGGCUUCCCAAAGUGGAGGUCCAACUAUGGCUUCCCAAGGAGGAGGUCCCAACUAUGGCUUCCCAAGGAGGAGGUCCAGGCUUCCCAAGAAGGUUGUCCAGGCUGAAAAGGGCCCUAGCGACAACAUCAACACUGUCCAUUGCACAUCUCCAAAGCCUCGCCUCAGAGACAUUGUACCCCCGGGUGACACCAGCACUCCCCACCUCAUCAUCGUUAUCUUCACAUGGAAACUAUCUGAGCAGCCGGAAAGAGCAGACAAUAGGGCAGUGGGCGGGCACAUGAUGUGUAACCGUGUGGAGUUACAAGAAAGCUUGGGAGGUGCUCAAUACUCAUUGGCCAAUGUCCUGUCUGUCUUUAAAGGGAAAUCCAAUGCCAAGAAAUACAUCUGCUCAGACUGUGGGAAGAGUUGCCCCUGCCAUUCUGCCUACAUCCGCCACCAGAGGAUUCACACAGGGGAGAAGCCAUAUUCCUGCACCGAAUGUGGCAAAAGCUUCAUCCAGAGCUCCGAUUACAAUAACCACGUCAGAUCCCACACAGGGGAGAAGCCAUAUUCCUGCGCCGAGUGUGGCAAGAGCUUCAGCCGUAGCACCUACUUACUGACCCAUUCCAGAACCCACACCAAAGAGAAACCCUACAAGUGCAACGUGUGCUCCAAGAGCUUUGGGCAACAUUCACACUUGGCUCUACACCUUCGAAUCCAUAGUGGGGAGAAACCCUAUAUCUGCAUCGAGUGUGGCAACAGCUUCAGCCGCAGCUCCACUUUGGUCAAGCACAAGAAGUCGCACAGGAGGAAAACGCUCCACGUUUGUGUGAAGAGAAACGAGGGAGAAGCCUCUGGGACAUGGGGGGCAGAGUCCGGCAAGAGAGAUAUUCCAGAAUUUCCCUCACUCUCUGGGCAGCUGGUGGUGGUGAAAUCGGAAAACCAGAUGCAAAGUGAGAAGAGGAACCCCCAGAAACUGUAUAAGGGGGCGAAGAAAGGCUUCCCCAGACCCAUAAGAAUCACUCUGGACAAAUGUCCCGUUGUAGAAAUGAGAUCUGAGGGGCAACUAAGAAUGCUUCCCCGUCGGCACAAGUUCCUGCGGAAAAAGAAGCUUCAGGGCCCUCCUAGUGAGUCAGACAUCUGUUUGUGGAGCAGUCACAUUGGGGGGUCUUCUCCAUCUCUGGAUUGUGGAAAUUGUGAGGUUCCUUGUACCGGAACCGGGGUUCCUUGUAUGAGGGGAUCUCAGAUGAGAACACAGAGACUAAUCAACCAGGAGUACAAACAGCUGGUCCCACACCGGGAGAAACCAUACACCUGUGCCGAGUGUGGCAAGGGAUUCAGCCGCAGCACCUACCUGGUGACGCACUCUAGAACCCACACCAAGGAAAAGCCGUACAGCUGCACCGAGUGCGGCAAGAGCUUUGUCCAACACUCUCAUCUCACCAUUCACUUGCGCAUCCACAGUGGGGAGAAACCGUACCCCUGCCUGGAGUGUGGGAAGCACUUCAGCCGCAGCUCUACCCUCGCUAAACACCAGAAGUCCACAGGAAAAGGAACGAUGCGCCAUUUUGUGCGACACGGGGGGAGGCCAUAUUGUGCCCAAAGCUGA